GUUCUUUUUAGGGUAUAGAUGCCAGAUGCGGUUUGAUAAUAGCAUUUGGCAAAACCUAAUGAAGAAAGAAAGAAAAAAAAGAACAAUGUCUGGUUAAAUCAUUUGUCCUGCUCUUUUUUAUGUUUCUUGUGUUUAACUUCAAGCCUUUCCUCUUAUUCUGAUAUAUAUUAACCAUCAUGUAAACUUUAUAUUGCAACAAAAUCAAGCACAGAAAAAUGGAGAUUUCAUUGAGAGCGGGAUGCAUGGCAGUUUUUGCAGUGUCGGGAAGCGUUGUUCUUCUUUCCCUCAAAGCCCACAAGCACCUCAUGUCUGAUUUCAUGAACAAGAUUGAAUUUGAAUUUGGGAUAGUGAAAGGUGAAAAUGAGAAAAAGGUGAGGUUUUUAGAGGAAGCGGAGGUAUUGCCGUCGAUUGGCCAUGAUGACCAUUACCCGGAGAAGGAGAAGAAGAAGCAAGCAUCACCGUCAACCAAUCUGAGGAGAGGGGUGGUCGAUGAUGAGAAGAGGUUCAAGUCAAUGCCUGAAAAUUGGCAAGCCCUUUACAGAGGGAUUAUUCAAUUUAGGUCUCUCAAACGGCACAAUGUGUGACUUCUGAAAUUCUGAUUUACAUGCUCAUGUAAAUAAAGUUGCUGUUGUAGUACUUUCUUUGAUACUACUGUAUAAUCUAGUUGCAGAAUAUACCAAUGUGGGUUCAACAUGCCAAUUUUGUAUAUUACUAGUUGAUAGGUUUGGUUGUGAAAUUGAAC